GAGCUUGUCCCCCGCACGCCAUGCCACAGAAACCAAAGACGACCUCCGCGUCUGCACAGAAGGGCAAGCCAAUCAGAGUGAAGAAGCGGCCGGCGAAGAAAGAGCCUUUGCCUGUUACUGAACGACUGAAACGACUCUUCACCUCUCUGUGUGCACAGAUAGACGGAGGUCAUUUCAGCAACGCCAUUAAGACAUGUGACAAGAUCUUACGGCUCGAGCCCAGUGAUCCAGACGCACUACAGACGAAAGUGUUUCUGCUUCUUCAAACGGAGCAGUAUGCGCAUGCUCUCGCGCUCAUAGAGGGCAAUGACAAGUACGCCUAUGAAAAGGCGUAUUCGCUGUAUCGGACCAAUCAGGAGGCAGGGGCGAGGAACGCUCUAGAGGUGUCGAAGCGCAAUAAGGGAGAUGACGACCGUGGAGUGUUGCACCUCGAAGCACAAUUGGCGUAUCGUGAAGGCACAUACCAGGCCGCAUUCGAUCUAUACAACCAGCUAUUAGACACAUCGGAGCCGAGCUCGGACGAGCAUGCAGACAUCCUCACCAACCUGGAGGCGGCACAGAAGCACCUCGAGUUCAUUGACAGUGGCUAUCUCCGCUCAUUGGACGACCUUCCCACGUCGGUCACAAAUGACCUGGAGUCUGCCCCUCCCCCACACCCUCCAUCGGCUGCGGCAACCCUUGCAAAUGUCAUUGUUUCUCAAGAUACAGACACCACCAAGAAAGAAAAGCAGGUUAGGCUAAAGCGUGUUCCUAAGAGUGUGGUUAUGGGCGUGACCCCUCCUCCGGAUCCUGAACGGUGGUUGAAGAAGAGCGAGCGGUCGAACUUCAACGCCGGUGGAAAGCGGAAGAAGGGUGGCGGGGGUGCGACGCAGGGCAUGGUGGAGAGUUCAGCGCCAGCAACCUCACACGGAAGCAAGAGCGGGAAUAAAGGGAAGAAGAAGAAGUGAGCGAUGAAUGUGCCCGUCUGGCGGAGGUACCCCUCGCUCGUAUGCAUGCCCCAAUAUGAGACAACUAAAAUCAUUUCCCUGUGCUACCGUAGCUUGGUCUUUCCCUCUAUUGGACAACAUUGUGUACCUCGCUCAGACCAUGCGGGUUAAGAUCUGGCCCAUCGCUAAGUACGCGAACCCAUCCCGUGCUUUGUCCUCGAGCUUCUCCGCGUGUUUGUGGCGAGUCCAAGUUAGCGCCUCGUGAAGUGUUGGGUAGGUUAUCCAUAUUGGCGUUUUU